AUGGAUCCGUUGGGUGGUGGCAAAACUGGUGCCUUACUAAUUGCGAUGGGUUCAGCAAGUUUCGUUAUCACAAUUUACCAUCUCAUUAUCCUCUGUCGCACCCAGCGCCACGUCACCAACCAAAAUGCACAACAACAACGACAACAACAAGGGCGGAGCACGGGAGGGAACACGGUGGUGCCGCACCUGAUCCCAGCCCACAAGUACGAGAAGAAGAAUAACGGUGGUGACGUGGAGGAAGAUGGCACGUGUGCCGUGUGCCUGGGAGACUUCGAAGAGGGUGAAGAGUUGAGGACGCUGCCGGAGUGCAUGCACGCUUUCCACGUGGCGUGCAUAGAUAUGUGGCUCUACUCACAUUCCAACUGUCCC